AUGAGAUGGGAAAGGGUGCAGCAUUCGCUACAACAAGGAGUUCAGAUAGAAGAGUUAAAUGGGCCAGGGAAGAGGUGGGGACACACUUGUAAUUCAAUUAAAGGAGGAAGAUUUCUUUAUGUUUUUGGUGGCUAUGGCAAAGAUAACUGCCAGACCAACCAAGUUCAUGUCUUUGACACUGUUAACCAGACUUGGAGCCAACCAGUGUUAAAUGGCACACUGCCAGUUCCGAGAGAUAGCCACACUUGUACAACUGUUGGUGACAAUCUGUAUGUGUUCGGGGGUACUGAUGGGAUGAACCCUCUCAAAGAUCUGCAUAUCUUAGAUACUUCAUCUCAUACUUGGAUAACUCCAAAUGUGAGAGGUGAUGGACCAGAGGCACGGGAGGGUCACAGUGCUGCGCUUGUUGGCAAACGACUUUUCAUAUUUGGUGGCUGUGGAAAAUCUUCAGAUAAUAAUCAUGAAGUCUAUUACAAUGAUCUUUACAUCUUGAAUACAGAGACCUUUGUAUGGAAACAAGCAACAACAACAGGCACUCGACCUUCUGCCCGUGAUAGCCAUACUUGCUCAUCUUGGAGGGACAAAAUUAUUGUGAUCGGUGGUGAAGAUGGGCAUGAUUACUAUUUGUCAGAUGUCCACAUCCUAGAUACAGAAACUCUUGUUUGGAAGGAGCUGAACACGUUGGGUCAGAAGUUGCCACCUCGAGCUGGUCAUUCUACUGUUGCUUUUGGCAAGAAUUUAUUUGUUUUUGGUGGAUUUACAGAUGCCCAAAAUCUAUACGAUGACUUAUAUAUGCUUGAUGUUGAAACUGGCGUUUGGACCAAGGUGAUGACAACUGGAGAUGGACCGUCUGCGAGAUUUUCUGUGGCUGGGGACUGCUUGGAUCCACUGAAGGGUGGUGUGCUUGUGUUCAUUGGUGGCUGCAAUAAGAGUCUUGAGGCACUGGAAGAUAUGUAUUACUUAUACACAGGACUUACAAGAGUGCGAGAUGAACAGCGUCUAGAAAAGUUAUCUCUGAAGAAGCAAUUGAAGCUAAAGUGCCAAGAACAAAAUCUUAAUUCUUCUGUGCGUGAUAAAGUUUUAGUCCGAAUUGACACAAAUGCUGACUUUCACCACACCUUACCAAGUUAUGCCCAACCAGGAUACUUGCUCAGUAUAGCCUUUGUCAGCCUAUCUAAUGCUGCUUGCACCUUAUCGAACGUGGCAGUAAUAGAUGUUUCCAUUGAAUUCAACCUAACUUCCAUAGAAUGCAGUCUUGUUUCUAAAUCUUGCUUGAAGGUUUCAAAUUUUGAAUUCAAUUCAGUGACGGGUAAAGUACUUGGGGUAGUCUGGUCAAGGUGUCAUGAUGAUGUCGAUGGUAGUGGCAGAGAAAAUUUCCCAUUGAAUCAAACCCAGCUUCAUCAAGGGAAGAAGACAUUUCAAGCAAAAGUUACUGAAAGCCUUCCACAUGGAUAUACCAUCGAGACCAUUGUAGAUGGAAAGCCUCUACGUGGAAUAUUAUUUUCCAACAAGCCAAUUUCUCCCGAGAUAACUAACCACAAUAACAGCAGGAAAAGGGCAAGUCCAGAAAUUGGUGUUGUAUUGAAUGGUGACUACAACAGCAAGCCAAAAACUUCUAAAAUCCUCAAGGAUAAUGCAGUAGAAAACAUGCAGCCAGACAAUGCUCAUGGGAAGGAGUUCGCAGCACAGGAACCCAAGACGGAAGCUGCUGCUGUCUCUGAUUUGAAAACUCUGGCUUCUUCUAAUGUCCAUCUUUCCCAUGAGGUUCCUCCAAAUGCAGAACCACCAGUGGCUCAUACUCUGAAUUUAAAUGAUGAUAUGACCUCUGAUGCACCAAACACUGAUACAGAUUUUUCAAAAGAGAAGUCUACCACAGCAGAAGACUCUACCACUUGGUUGCCAAACCAAGGAGUCUACAAAAAUAUUGUGUUGCAAACCAUAUUGGUUUCAGUGUUGGGUAAGGGUUUCUAUUUGUGGACCAUCAAGAUAAAUGAGAUAGUUGAUUCAGACCUUGUUGAAAAAUCACUACCUCUAUCCUCAUCCCAGUAUUGCUACUUUAUUUGCUUCCAAAUUCAAUCUUUGUAUGAUUCUGAUAUGAUCAAUACCUCAUAUACAGCUCUUUUGUCAUGUGCUUUGCCAAGGUUUUCACGUGAACUAUUUCCUGUUGACAGAUGGCCGGACACCAACUGCUGA